GUCUCCCGGUAUUCCCACCUGCGUCCCGGUUGUUCGCGCACAAAUUAACAACGCGUUUCAUGAUUUUCCCCAGCCAAAUAAUUUUCACAUUUUUCAAGACGUUCGAUAAUCAACAAAAAAUUCAUUAAAAUUUGUGCAAAAAAAAAACCUUAACAAAAAUUUUACAAUUUUAAAAUGCGCGGAUACAUUCUUUUAAACGUGUUUUUCAUUGCGUCCUAUUCUUGGUUAAUUUGUUUGUGUACGGAUUCUUUUGAUACAUCUUUUGAAAGUGCAGAAGCUAAAGAAGGUGGCAUCGGAAAGCUUCCUUGCGUUUUAACUCCGGUACAUCCGCCGGAUUUAGCUAGUUCAGUGGUGUGGUUUAAAGAAAAUUCAGAAAAACCUUUUUAUAAAUACGACGUUAGAAAUAAAAGACCGUUACAAGAGGAUAAUGUUAAUAAUAAGUAUCGUUUACAAUUGUUAGAUGAAGAACGUGCAGAACUUAGUGUUGGUUCCGUUAAAAUGUCUGAUGAUGGUGUGUAUCGUUGUCGAGUAGAAUUUGGCAGAUCGCCAACAAGAACAACUUAUGUCAAUCUCACUAUUAUAAUUCCCCCAGAAUCUGUACAAAUAAACGACGACAUUGGUCCAAUAAAAAACGACAUGACAUCAUCGUACGCUGAAGGUGCUAGUAUGACAUUGACGUGCUCGGCAUAUGGUGGAACUCCAUUGGCGCGGAUAGUUUGGAAACGUGAUGGGGUAGCUGAAACGAACGAAACGCAAUAUUUCCCCGAUAAACGAAAGUCCCAAAGUAUCCUGAAAAUCGACAAACUCUCACGGGGCCAUCUCUUGGCUACGUAUAGUUGCGAAGUGAGCAACAGUGUUCAACCGCCUCCUCUUGUCGUCAGAGUGGUCAUAGACAUGUACUUGAGACCCUUAGAGGUUCGCCUGGUGGGUCAAAACCAGCCCUUGAGGGCCGGUAGGAGAACGGAUAUCGUCUGCAGGUGUAAAGGAUCCAGACCUGCGGCUAUUAUCACGUGGUGGAAGGAUGGCGUCUCUUUAGAAGGGGGAGUUAUCGAAUAUAGUACUGAUGAUAACUCAAGUAUAAGCACAUUAUCGUUUAUACCAACAGCAGCUGAUCAUGGUUUAAUUUUAACUUGUAAAGCUUCUAAUCAAAGGAUACCACACAGCGAACUCAGAGAUACUUGGAUGUUAAAAGUUUUUUAUCCCCCAAAUGUUACUUUGACUCCUGGACAUGCUGUAGAUGUUAAUGAAAUUAAAGAAGGCGAUGGAGUUUACUUUGAAUGUCACUUAAUCGCAAAUCCCUGGGUUCUUCGUGUAUGGUGGUUGAGAGAUGGGGAGAGACUCCAAAGUAAUACUACUAAUGGAAUUAUUGUGAGCAAUCAAACUUUAGUAUUACAGAGAGUGAAUAGAUUUAGUUCAGGACGAUAUUGUUGCGAAGCUAGUAACAGCGAAGGAUCUGCUAGAAGCAAACCAUUUCAUUUAAAAGUUAAAUUUGAACCAGUUUGUUCCGAUGGUCCAAAUAAAAAGCUUUUAGGGGCAGCAAAAGAUGAACCUCUUCGUAUUGAAUGUAAGGUUGAUGCAGAACCUCCCCCGACAUCGUACCGUUGGAGUUUUAACAGUACCCCCGGGAUUUCAAAGGAUUUAAACCAGUACGCGUCGGAACCCGGAGGUGGAGUCCUGACGUACGUUCCAAGAACUUUAGCGGACUACGGAACGUUACAAUGUUGGGCAACAAAUACCUUGGGUUCCCAAAGGACGCCCUGUAUAUAUCAAAUAGUCCGAGCGGGUCCACCGGAACCUCCGACAAAUUGUGCCCCCGUCAAUGUCACCCACCACUCGGUCAUUGUUUCUUGUAAAAAAGGUUUCGAUGGUGGCUUAAAACAACGAUUCGUCAUGCAACUGAACUUUAGUGAUAACAUCAUAGCGAAUCAAUCGGGUAAUACACCGGAAUUUCCCAUUAACAGUUUGGAACCAUCUCAAGAGUAUACUGCUACCGUUUAUGCUAUUAACAUCAAAGGAACAUCGAAGGGUCCAACGAUUUUACAGUUCAAAACGCUUCAAGCACCCGGAUUGAAAGAGCCUCGACGUUCUGUUAGUCCGGGUAUUGAAGAAAAAGCAACGGGACCUUGGUUGUAUAUUGUUUUAGCAGCGGGAUCCACACUAAUCGUUGCUGCUGCUAUCGGUGCGAUUAUUUUUGCCGUGAAAAGAUUUAGAGUUGAUAGCCCGAUCAGAGAAAGACGGAAUCAGAGGAGUCCCAAAAGGGAUGAAAUGCCGCAAAAUCCUACUGUGUCCUUCACAGACAAUCCCACCAUAGCAGACGAUAAGAAUCCAGACUUAAUUCCCCCAAGCAACGAAACUCUGUUGGAAUGCGCAGCACCGUAUACUAUAACGGCCAGGCCAUCAAGCAAAAGAAACUCUGCGACCCAAAUGCCAGUUAAGCCCUAUCACGUGACGUGGGCACCAAUUCUUCAAUCGCGGAACUGUGCCACCCAAACACCUCCACCGCACAAAGAGAGCUCAGUCUGAGCACAGGCCCCUGCACUGGGACCAAUACCACCUGUGAUACUUGUGAAUAUCUUAAUUUAAGUGACGAUUAUCAUUAAAAAAAAACUACUGUUAAAGCGCUGUUACGAAUCAUUAUUACUACUAUUAUUAUCAUUUCAUUGUGAAUAAAAUAUCAAUCUAUGU